AUGCUGACGGCAGAACAAAACUGCUCCAGGCAGAUACUCAGAUUCUCAGGUGUGCAGGGCACCACGGCACGCAUGCCUGCACAGUUUGCUGUGCUUGGGGAGCAUAUUGCCUAUGUGGCUGGCAGCGGAGUCAUUGUAGCCACAGUCGGGGAAGAUAAUACGAUAUGCAACCAGCGGCUAUUUGUGGCCAACUCCACAAACGAAACGCACCCGGGGAAUUACGGGUACGGCUUGGGCGGUCUGCACGAAACUGCCGCGUGUGAGGAUGAGCUCCGCAAGGACCUGUUUGGCUUUCCUCUUAAUUUCACACAUUGCUAUAGAGGCACCUGUGCCGAGGCAGAACUGUCGGCCAUAGCCGUGCUAGAUACCAAGGAGCCGGGAACUCCCUCAACGGGAAAUUCGAAACUCAAGGAUAAAGUAAGGGCGCCCACGUGCUUGGCAAUUUCACCCAACGGACGUGUCUUAGCAGUGGGUGAAACCGGGUACCAGCCUCGGCUCCUUCUUUUCUCGCUUGCGCCCGACUCCAGCGCGCAGCCUUUUGCUGUAAUUUACGAACACACCUUUGGCAUCAAUCACAUCGAGUUUUCGCCGAAUCUGAAGUACUUCUGCUCCUUGGGCACCAUGAGCGAUGGCUUCAUUCACGUGUGGAAGUACUCUCCCACAGCAGUGGUGCGGCGAGCGGGCAACAAAUGCUCAUCCAUAGUCAACGCUUUGGUCUGGCACGACACCGGCUCAGAGUUCGGGGAAAUCAUCACCUUGGGGCUCCGCUUCUUGAAAGUCUGGCUGCUUGAGCUGCAAGAAACGUCACUGCCUUCCAAGGUAGCUGUUCUCAAAGGCCGGAACCUCAUCUUGGGCAAGUUUUUGGAGAGCAACUUUCAGGGCGCAGUUCCGCUCAACGAGUCGCAAAUCAUCAUCAGGGAGUCGACCGCUUACUAUCUUUUGAAUCUAAUGCACAACGUCUCCAUCCAGGAAAUCGCAUUAGAUCAUCUGAAAAUCUCAGGCAUCGUUGUAGACCAUACGGAAGACAAACUAUGGGUGUUUGACCAAGACUUCUCCCUCCAUUCUGUGAAUGUGUCUGACCUAGAAUUGCUCCCUGGAAGUGCCGCGCAAUAUAAAUCGGCGCUUUCGCCAUCGAAACUAGCUCCUGGAAUACUGAGGCUUAAUAUUCAUGCCAAAAACACCAUUCUCAAAGCACAAAACUAUGGGGAUCGCCUUAUCGCAUACCUCACAGGGGAAGGUGAGAUUGUUUUACACCACAAGGAAAUUGCAAUACCCAAAAAACUAGUUUCUCCUCCAGUCUCCUUCGUGGUUGGGGGUAAACGGGCUAGUACUGGUGAAAUUUUGAUGUUUUCUAAACAUGGAGUUGUGUCUUCAUUAGACAGCUCCCGCAACAUCCUGGAAGUAGUUGCACAUCGACUCCCACAGGCGGAAGGCCUUGCUAAUGAAAUGACUGCAGUCGAAAGAAACACCACAGCGCUAUUCCUAGGAGACAAGUUCGGCCUGCUCACUGUACUUAGAUUUCCUGAGGGUGAGCCCAGGACCGAACGCGUUAUUAAAGCGCAUUCUUCCAGCAUUAAUGACAUUAUCUACUUCGAAGUAGAAGAUGUUUCACUUCUUUGCAGUAUAUCUCGGGACAGGAUGAUUCAAAUAUACUGCGAAACUGACCAAAAAUGGGAUAUAUUGGCCACUCUUCCAAUCCAUACGGCCAACUUGUUGUCGGUCAAAUUCAUUGACUCGCAUCUCUUUGUUUGUUCGGCGGACCGCAGUAUAUCCGUUCACGAGAUUGCUAGAAGCACAGGGUCUGGUACCGCUACUCUCAAAGUUGAGAUAAUACACAAGAAGACAAUCCCUUCUAAAACCACGCCUUUGGCUAUGGACGUCUCCGCAUCUGAAUUCGUCAUCUCUUCUAGCGAUAGGAGCUUAUCUGUGUACAACAAGCAUACUCUUGAGUUUAAGAGAACAGUAAAGCUCUAUGGUGAAAAGUCGACCGAACCUUUAUGCGUGGAUAGGUUUUUGUUGCUACAGAACAACCAGAUUGCUGUGUUUUGCAGUGAUAGAUCCCUCAGGGUGUGUAAUCUUAUAUCAGGGAAGCACUUGAAUUGUGUAUGGGGCCAUUUGGAGCUGGUGAUUGGUCUUUUCGAAGACAGCAACAACCUACUAUCCUUGGGAUCUGAUGGCUGCCUAUUUGAGUGGAGUUUUCUCAGUGUGCUUGACAGCGAUAAGCAAGCUAUCUGUGACACAAAUGAAAACACUAUACCAACACCUGAUCCAGAUGCCUCUCCAUUGUUUGCUAAAGUGACCCGAAAGUUUUUGCCAACUAUUCAAAUGUCCAAAAUAGCUGUUUCUCCAAGACGAGCACCUUCGCUAACGGGGGAGGAUGUGGGUUUGACUGAGCCUGAAUCGCCCACUCCACGCUUGACAAACGCCACUUUGAAAAGAAUCGAGGCUAGGAAGAACGCGCAAACCCUUUCUGCGUCUCCUUCUAAACCGUCCCAUUCACACGGUAGCCCCGUUGGAAAAUCCCCAUUCCGAUCCAAGUCUGUAUCUCCUCCAAAAAAACAACCGAGCGUAUCCCAAACGCCUUUCAACAGAGGACAAACGCCGAGUCGACAGUCUCCGUUAUCAAGGUCACUACACGUCGCAGCCAAGACACAAUCUUCUGUAUCACCCCAAAAGAGUACUGCUCCUUUGCUUCUUCCACCGACUUCAUCUGCUAGCGAUGCCAGGGAAAGAUCCACUGCUUAUCUCACAAUGAUAAAAUCUUUCGUUAAGAAAGAUGUGCUUGAUGAAGAAGAUAAAGAAGCGAUCAAAAGUGAACUAGAAGAGCUUCUCAUUCUCUUGGAUGGACCAAAGGGAUUUGAAGCUUUACUAGAGAAGUAUAGUGAAAGCUUGGUUUCUCUUGUCAAAACAAAAUUGUCAAAUGACUUGUAA